AUGAGCAUCUUUGCUGUGGCUGGCCUCGUGGUCUUUGUCAUCCUCCUCGCCGCCCGCAAGUACGCUCGUCGUGGCGCGGGCUACCUGGACGAGGAUGCUGUCGUGACUCGAAUGGACAGAGUGGCCGAGAGGGAGCUUCGGGAGGACUUUACUGCUUUGGAUCAAGCUCCGCCGCCGCCGCUCCGUCGCCCGCAUGGCGACUACGUCAUCUCGUCCGACGAGAUGGGCCCGCCCAGAUCGUCCAGCUACGAGUCGUACUACUCGUACGAGGAGGUGGCCAAGCUCGGCCCGGACAAGGGCAAGUGA